UUUUAGGGUUCCAGCGAAACCCUUGGCGCUUCCUUCCCCGCGCGGAGGUGAGGGGGAUUAUCAAUCCAAUCCAGCAAUGCGGCGCCGGCAGCUAUAGCAUUCGAGAUCUCUAGGAUGGGGCGGCCGCUCGUCUACGACAUCAUCGACAGGCCCGCUAGCAGCUGCCUGAUCGCGCUGUGCAGCGCGGUGUGGCUCUACAUCCAGCACCGGAGCAUCGGCUACGCGGAGGUUGGGAUGAGCUACGAGACGGUGGUGCUCCAGGGGCAGUACUGGCGGAUCCUCACCUCCUCCUUCUCGCACAUAAGCUUCCUCCACCUCGUCUUCAACAUGAGCGCACUGUGGAGCCUGGGCAUGGUGGAGGGCCUCAAGGGGAUCGGCCUGGGGGUCACCUUCUACGUCCACUACACGCUCCUUCUGGUGCUUCUCUCGGCGGCGCUCGUCCUGGGGAUCUACCACCUCCUCAUCCAUCGCUUCAACCUGGAGCUCUACAAGCGUGUCUCGGCGGUGGGUUACUCGUGCGUGGUUUUCGGCUGGAUGACGAUCCUGGCGUCCAAGCAGCCAUCGUCCAAGCUCGAGCUCUUCGGCCUCCUCUCGCUCCCCAUCAACUUUGCGCCAUUCGAGUCGCUGGUUUUCACGUCCAUCAUCGUCCCCAAGGCCAGCUUCCUGGGACACCUCGCCGGGAUCAUUGUCGGCUACUUGAUCGCGUGGGGGUCGAUCCAGGGGAUGACGAACUACUGGUUUGUAUCGCUGCUGGCGUGGAUGGUCUUGCUGCUCGGGCUCAGCAUCCACAGGACGUCGUCGUAUCAGUUUUGGUUUCUCCAGAUCGAGCCCGUCGCAGAUCCCAGCGUCCCGCAGCUCUCCAACUCUCCCACGCUGCUGCAAAACUCUUCGUUUGCUACUGCUCCACCGGUUUUUGGAAGCCAACUCGUUUGAUUCAGAUGGAAACGAAGUAGAGUUGACAACUCCGAGAGAGGCUCUUUGUUUCGCUCGAUUGUUUACCUAAGGCUCUGCGACUGCGUCCAAGUGCAUUGUCUUCGGUUCUCCACGUUUCAAAGAAUGGUAACUUCUUCUUGUCGUUCUGCUUUUGCUUUUUGUUCUUUCUCGUUGUGUGUAAACGUCUUAUGGUGCAGGGGCUCAAGAUGGAGGUGAUUCCACUCGCUCACAAAGCCAUUGAAAUUCCUCGGAGAUAGAACAGAAAAAGCGUCGUUUUUUUCUUAUUCUUUUCGAGCGAGAUUUACAGUGUCUGCGCAUUUGAGAAAGCUUGUCUGAACCUAGGUCCAAUUUAGGGUGUGAUCACCAACUACACCAUCCAAACAUUGUUCUUUAUUUCUUCAAGAAAUUAUAAAGACUUCACAUGCAGCUUU